UUGCCUGCAGUCUGAGAGAGUUUGUGUUCCCUUUACUCUCACUGUGCUCAACACUGAGUCUCCAGCAGUCCCAUGAAGAUGACUCUAACAGGGGUAUUUCUCGUCCUUAUUGGGAUUAUCUACACAGAGGCCAAGAAUGUACAUGAGGAUGUUUAUCUGAGUGGAUGCACAGACACAGAUGGAGAGAGCAUGUAUGGACUGGAUGGGGAAGAGAAGAGACAUGUAGACUGGAAGGCUGGAAAGUAUGUGAAUACACUGCCUGAGUUUGCUGAUCAAUAUGGAAUUGUGGAGGGCGCAUAUGAGCAGGCUCUUGUUGACCAGCAAACCUGCAAGGCGAAUUUAGGAUUAAACAUACAAGUUAAUAAAAACCCAGCAGUGGCAGAGGCACCCCCGAUGAGCUCCAUCUACCCCAGAGAUGAUGUGAUGGUGGGUUCUGAGAACACUCUCAUCUGUCUUGUGACUGGGUUCUACCCCCCUCAGCUCAACGUGACGUGGACCAAGAACAACCACAUAGUGACUAAAGGAGUGAGCACCAGCCAGCUGCGGAUGAAUGUUAACGACGGCUCCUACAGCCAGUUCUACACGCUGCAGUUCACCCCUCAGCCUGGGGACAUGUACACCUGCACUGUGGAGCACCAGGCUCUGGAGCGGCCCAUGACCAGAGAGUUUGAUGUGGAGGAGGUAUCUGAGCCCAGUCUUGGUCCAUCAGUGUUCUGUGGAGUGGGUCUGACUCUGGGGCUGCUGGGAGUGGCUACCGGAACAUUCUUCCUCGUCAAGGGCAACCAGUGCAACUGAAAUUGCAGUCAACUGUGGCUUUGUGUUCAAUCAAAUGGUGUAUAAUAUAGGCUACAUCACACCUGUCUGAUAUUUUCUAUUACUACAGGUUGUCUCUCUGAACAUUAUUAUUUUAAGGGGUGAUAUAGGUGAGGCUAAGUGAUUUAUAACAUAACUCUUUGUAAAAUGUGAUCACAGGGAAACGAGUGGGAAGUAUGUGUAUGUUUGGACGUAAUGAUCAGGCCAGGGGCUGGGCCUGUCCAGUUACUCUUUCUGGCACAAACGAAUAAAGAGGACACACUCUA